GUAUAUAAACUAUAGAUGUAUCAUGUAAAUCACAAAUCUUCACUUCUUUUCAUUACACAAACAUAUUAAUGAAAAAAUAGCAUAUCUACAAGUACUUCAUUUUUCUUUAUUACAAUCGUAGUGUUGAGAUCAGUUUACGAUAUCUCAGCUAAUUUCACAGAGAUGGGGAAUUGUUGUCUUACUCGUGGAUCGAACAUGGUAUGUGCAGGAGAUGAAGAUGAGUGGGAAUAUGUUGCAGCAUCAAAAAAUAAUUACGUUGCGGAAAAAGAAAAAUUAUUUUCAUCUUCUACUUCAUCAUCAUCAUCUUUUUCUUCUUCUGAGACGAUUAAUUAUAGAGAGGUGAAAAUACGAAUUACGAAGAAGGAUUUGGAGAAAAUUCUAGCUGGAAAAAUUGACAAUAUAGAUCAAGUGACAAUGGAUCAACUAUUAUCAAGAUUUUUGAAUUCUAGCAAAAAUAACUUCGAUUUUGAGAAUAUUCAACGUCAACAAUCUUGGAGGCCUCGUCUUCAGAGCAUUCCUGAAGUUAAUUAAUAGCAGAGACGAAUCUAAAAUUUCAUAAUCAAUAUAUGUAUUCAAAAUGAGUCGAUUAGAUGUACACAACGAACAUAAUAUAUUUUAUAGUACAUGUAUUUAUAAA